AUCUUAGUUAAUAAAUUCUCAACUUCAGUAGCAUUCCACAAUACAAACAAAAAUGUAACCUGACUACCAUUUUUUCCGAUCAAAAUCGACCUUCAAUUUCUCAAAAAUGGCAGUAAAACCCUCAUCCACAGCAGCAACAAUUCCUAAGAAACCGCAAUCGCUGAAGUCCCGCACAAUUGAGCUGCAUCAGAAGCGAAUCGGAGAAGCCCUAUCAUUUCCGAUUCAGCUCUCCGACCAAAUCGCCGCCGCAGCCAAGGAGGCGGAAUCGUUCAAAUUCGAGUGCUCCGAGGUCGCCAAGCAGGUGGAGCGCCUCCGCCAGAUGCUCCGCUCCGCCGCCCGCCUCGCUGCCGACGCCGCCUACGACCGCCCGCUCCGCCGCGUCGCGGCGGAGGUGACCAAAACCCUCGAGAGGUCGCUGGCGCUGAUGAAGAAGUGCCGGCGGCGCAGCGCCCUCCGCCGCGUCGUGACGAUCGUCUCCGCUGCCGACUUCCGCAAGCUCCUCGCCCUCCUCGACGCCUCCGCGGCGGACAUGAAAUGGAUCCUCUCCAUCCUCGACGGCGGCGGCGGAAUCGUGCUCACGCUUCCCCCUAUCGCCAGCAACGACCCGAUAAUCGCCUGGGUUUGGGCGCUCACGGCGGCGCUGCAUAUAGGCCAAUUGCAGGAUAAAAUCGAGGCUGCGAACGAAUUAGCUUCGCUAGCAAGAGACAACGACAGAAACAAGCAGAUCAUAGUUGAAGAAGGCGGGAUUCCGCCAUUGUUGAAGCUGUUGAAGGAUAGAACUUCUUCAGAAGCGCAAAUUGCAGCUGCGUCAUCGCUCAUCAACCUCGCAAACGAUCAAAACCGAGUGCAGGCGAUCAUCGACGAGCACGGCGCGCCGAUUAUAGCACAAAUUUUGGGAAAUUCUGCAGUUAAGGUGCAGAUCAAAGUUGCCAGUUUGGUAGCUGAAAUGGCGCAGAAUUCCCCUCUUGCACAAGAAGAAUUUGCGCGGGAAAAUGUAAUUAGGGCUCUUGUCACAUUGCUAUCGUUUGACCUAUUCGUGGAAAAUUCUAUGCUCAAAUUGGGGGAAAAUAGCAUACAUUCCAUUGUGCAGAUCAACAAGGAGUCGUCGGUGUUGUCGUCGUCUUCCUCUUCGUAUCCGUCCCAAUCUGCAGAGAUGAAAAUUGAGCUCAAAACUAGUUGUGCUAAGGCACUGUGGAUGCUAGCUAGAGGGAGUGUGGCAAAUAGCAGGCGAAUCGCAGAGACAAAGGGUUUGCUCUGUUUAGCUAAGCUCAUCGAGGUAGAACGAGGCGAGCUGCAGAGGAAUUGCUUGAUGUCGUUAACGGAGAUAACUACUGCAGCUGAGUCCAACGCAGACCUCAGGCGCGCAGCUUUCAAGACAAACUCGCCGGCAGCUAAGGGUGUCGUGGACCAGCUAAUUAGGAUUAUUCAAGAAUCUGAUGAUCCGUCGUUGCAGGUAGCUAGCAUAAGAGCGGUUGGCUGCUUGGCUCGGACGUUCCCGGCUAGGGAGAUGAGGGUUCUUGGCCCAUUGGUCGCGUUGCUAGGUCACGGGGACGAGGCUGUGGCUGCAGAGGCGGCUGCUGCGCUAGGAAAGUUCGGUUGCCCCGACAAUUUCCUCUGCGUCCAGCAUUGCAAGACGAUCAUCGAGUUUGGUGGCGUUCCUCUCCUCAUGAGGCUGUUGAGAAGCAACAAUGACGAGGCGCGACUGCAUGGUGUGAUUCUCGCGUGCUACCUCGCCAUCCACGCUGGGAAGAGCGAUGACUUGGAACGGGAGGGGGUGGCUGGCGCGUUGGAAGGUGUCGACCGAGCUCUCAUCGUCCAACACCCCCAGUUGAAGGAGCUGAUACCUCAAGCAAUCUACCAUCUCACUGUGUUUCAUCACUCUCACUCUGGCAUGCUCACUCAGAGAUAGUUUUAGUCCUAUGUUUUUGUGAGUUUUUGUAUUGAAAAAUUAAUGAAAACUGAGGCAUUUUUUGUAAUA